ACCAGAAGACACCGGCCAAAGCUCACUAUUGGCACAGACAACCCAACACCUAACAUUCUUAAUCCUAUUAUAGAUCGUGUUUUAGAAGAUCACGAGUGUAUAGUGGAUAUAGUCUCUCAGUGGCCACGUGAAACUGAUAAUCAAAUAGUAUUCACGAUGAGAAGAGAUAAAUAUGUUUUGUUUAAAAAUCCACAGGUAGAGUAAAUUAAUGUCUGAUUUGAAUUUUAAUAAAUCAGUAAACUUGCUUGAGGUUCUUAAACUUGUUUAAAUAAAUACACAACACCUGUAAAAAGAGGAUAUAUUUUUUCAAUCCCAUCAGAACAUCAGAAAUGUUAUUGGUAUAUCUGUUUCUCUACUGUUAUGCUUCUAAUGUUAUUAUGUAUAUAAUAUUUUUUGUGUUGAUAUACUCUCAUUCUCUCAACAUCAGAAACAAUGUAAUAAUUAUAAGAGAUAUGCUCAUUGCAUUAGUUCUCGUAACAAUAUAUUAUAAGUUUGCUUUAUUUUCAAAUUUUAAGAAUUAUUAAUAUGUUGUUUUUUUCAGAAUUAUUUGCUAUCAAGUGAUACACAUGAAGGCUCAGCAAGAUUAGCAGAACAAAGUAAAGAUACGUUAAUAAGCGUAAGUUGUUUAUUGCUUUGUAUGGCAGUUAACAUCCUUCUACACGGCACUGCAUUUGAGGUUAAGGACUUGCAUUUUGUCACCAUUUCUUCAUUUUUACACAUGUUUGUUCUGCAGGAGUUUUUCAAACCUGAUGCAAUGCGUCUUCCUAACCUUGAUGGAGUGUUGUAUUUGAAAGAAGGAAGAAAAGCGUGGAAGAAACAUUAUUUUCUUUUGAGAGCAUCAGGAAUUUAUUACACACCAAAAGGAAAAACAAAGGUUGGAUAAUUUCUCAUAAUGUUAAACUUUACAACCAAAAUAUAGAUGUGUGCCCAAGUAUAUAUACAGUAUAUAAUUUCCCGAAUAUAAAAAUGGUUAAUCUUAUAAUCUUAUAAUAUGUCUUGAAAUGUUCUAGAAUCAGCGAAACAUGUCUUGUCUUGUGUCGUUUGAGAGUACCUACGUUUACACAACAGCGGAAUUUAAACGAAAUCAAAAAGCUCCCACGGAUCAUUGCUUUGUUGUAAAGGUAAGGAUUGCUUAGGUUGCUCAUUUACUAUUUUUCAUACUAAUAUGAAAAUAUUUUUCAUAUCUUUGAAUUGAAUACGAUUCUGCAACAAGUUGUACAAUUCAUGAAGUUUCUCCAUUAUUUCUUUCGUUCUCCAGCCUUCAAUUUCGAAAGAUCUUGAAUCAAGACAAGUGAAGUGCCUGUGUGCAAGUGAUGCUAAAACGAUGCAAAGAUGGGUUACCUGUAUACGAGUGGGAAAGGUAAUGUAAAAUGUAAUAAUGCGGCGAAACUUAAUUUCCUGAAAUGUUAACUAUUAAGAAAGAAGGGAAAGCUGUUAAACCCUUUAAGUUCCCGAAACAUAGAAACGAUACAACAGGGCAUCGUUUAUUAUAUAAUUUGGUUUGGAUAAAAGAUGUUGGAGAAUAAAAACAGUGUUCAUCAACUACGUAGAAACUAGAAACUAUAGAGACUGGAAGUUCUAAAUUUUAGAUAUUUUUUUUUUAUUUUGGUACAAUUAGAUGUAGAAUACUAAAGGUGUCUAAUUAACAGUUAUUCUACGAACUCGAGUCGAAUAUGAGCUGAUAGCCGAUGAGGCGCGUAGCGCCGAAUCGGCUAUCGCUCAUAUUCGACGAGAGUGAGUGGAAUAACUGUUUUAUUAUAUACACAAGGUCUGAAUUCACAGACUUUGCUUUUCGGAUAUUUUCAAUAUUUUUCUAUUUUGUUUAUGUUUUUAUCUUCGCUCUUUCGGCCGAUUAUUUUUUCCAAAAUAUAUAUUUUUAACCAUUUUAAAUUUUAAAAAUUUAUUUGCUAACCUGAAAACAAUUUGUGGGAGUUUUUUAAUUGUGUUUUUAAUCCUGUGGAGGCUAUAAAAAGCGAACAACUUGCCGUUUUCUCGUUCGCAAAACAUCAGAAAUUCAAUUUUAGCCGCCAUUUUGUUUUUCUGUACUAGCAGGAUAUGAGCUAAUAUCCUGCUAGUAGAGAACCAAUCAGAUUGCAGAAUACCUCAUAUCCAGACCUUGUGUAUAUAAUAAAAUAUAUUAUCCUAAGGCCAACAAGGAUAUAAACCAACAAGGAUAUAAACAAAAGUCUUUGUACUGUACUGUAAUGUAUUUGUACUUGUACUUGUAAUGGAUAUCCCAAGGAAAUCAUCAAAUCCGUAAUGACAUUAGACCCAAAAACAACGAACCAUCAUCUCAAGUCUCCGCUCCACCCAAAACCUGAGAAAUAUAUGUACUUAAAGCUCCACCCAAUAUUCCCGAAGAAUGUGAUACAUAUGGAUCCCUGCAUGAUACAAAUUAGCUACAAAACCCAAUUAUGCUUUACAAGAAAUGCUGUUUGUCUGCUCUCGUUGUAAAAUUAUAUACAUAGGCGAAACGAUACUUGCAUGUAUAAUUAGAAGUAAACAUGAGCUUAACAUUUUUACGUCAUACAUUGAAACGUCUGCAUGGUCGCUACGUUUUUAAAUAAAUUAUGUCUGCAGGACAUAAUUUGGUUUUCAAUUUUUCUCAAUACAAUUACAUUUAUUAGUUUCCAACGUUUUGUUUAGUUUGGUUAUAAGAUGUUGGAAAAUAAGAACAGUGUUCAUCAAGAGGUGGAAGAUUUGACUGUUGGUACAAUCAAAAGAACAAGAACAUUAUCGUCGGGAUCAAGUUCAAGUUCAGAGUUUGGAUCUUUACAGGUUUAAUAAAAUUUUCAAAAUCUUCACUGUGAAAAUAGUAGGUUUCCAUGGUGAUAAAAUUGUUUUGUUUUUUAAGAAAUCGCCUUGCAUGUUUAUUUAUUUGGAAAAGCUUUCCUUCAUUUAAGUCUGACCGUCAUCUCUGUAUAAUAUUUGCACCAUUGAAGAUCGAGGCUUACGGAUCGAAAGUUUUGCCAAAUUACUAAGAUUGGCAUAUUUUCUACAAAAGCAAAAUCAGAACUGGAGAAUACCUAUGCAGUGCUUUAAUAAAAUAUCUUUUGGAAAAUUUUCGUUCUCGAUUUGCAGAACAUUUUUGUCGUCUUGUAUAUUGGAAUGCCAUAUCAUUCGCUUUUCGUUUAAAAAUUCCAAAAGCAAAGCUGCUUCACAAAUCGAAAUUGUUACGUGUUAAAACUUGUAACGUUUGCAAAUCUAACAUUAAUGUUUACCAGUGAUUUGUCAUGCAGUGCUGACGAAUGAAUAAUUCUUUGUUCCACCAUUUAGUUAUAGUUAGCUAAAAUUAAAAAUUGUUUAAUGUUUUUCCAGGAAAAUGGAUUUGUAAGAGGUCGUGCACGCUCUGAUGUUACUGAUCAAUGUGAGUACACUUUCGUAAACAAUGUAUGCAUCUCUUAACUUAUCACUAUACGUUUUAUCGUUGCAAACACGAGAGCAAUCGAAGGGUUUAUGUUACUAUUGAAUAAUAUAGAUAGAAUCAGCUUAUAUACUUACAUUGUUGCUACCUAAUUCACAGCUUUUGAAUAAAUCGUACUCAACUAGACAAGAGGAAUUAAUUUUUUUUCUAAAACUAAGGUUUAACCUGCGAACAGGCAUGCUCGGGGAACGAGAUUGAUAAAAUAUUGAAAAAAGACCUUCCGUAUAGUCCUAUAGAAUUAAAAAUAAUUUAUACAAGAGGAAUUAGUAAGUUAUUUAGUCUAGUACAGCAGUAGAUUAUCCUUGGUUCUUUUAAAACUAGAGUUUGUGUAUUCAUAACCAAAUAGAUUCGGAAGGUAUGUGUUGGAGGGAGGAUGUGACAACGGAAUAAUGGAACAGAAUGGGGGAAACGUUUAGCUUGUAGUAAUUUCACCGAGAUUCUAGCAAGCACCUGUCAACUUACAAUAGUACAUGUAUCUGUUUCAGCGCACAGAAAAGGUUCUAUCCGCAAGAAAGAGGUACCUGUACAAGGUUCAAGGAUUUUAGCAAAAUUAUUCCAGGAAGCUUGGAAGAAAGGCGCGGAAGUUGAACAGGUAAUUAAAUCUGAAUAAUUUAAUAUGAUUAAGAUUAAUACAAUUUAAAUACUGACAGUGAUUUCGUAAUUAUUCCUAAUCCUUUUAUCCUGAGUGCAAUCUUCAUCCUUAUCAUUACACUAACUCUAACCUAGUUCUUGCCCUAAUCCUUAAACCUAAUCCGAAUUUUGAUCCUAACUUAAAUCCUCAUUCCUGAGCAUGGUCCUAACCUAAUUCUGACCCAAGCCUAACCAAAUCCUCAGCUAACAGACAGUUACAAGGUUUCUGUAAAACUGUGCAUUGUUGUGACGUCAUUUUUGGACAUUUAUAUUGUAUUAUAUGAAUACAUGAAUCCCACCCUUUUGUACUUGAUCCACAAGUUUUUUAAAAUGUGUGUUUUGGUUUAUAUAAAUCCUAGCAAGGCCUUGCAAAUCUUUCGCGCCAUGGUGAACUAAAUCCCAAGGUUUGCAGAAUUAUUUCCCUUGAAUACGAAUUUUUUCAUUUCUCAGGCACAAUCCCCGACCUCACCCCCUACAUCAUUCUCUCCAUCAAGAACUGCACAAACUCCUCAUUCUGGCCUGAGAUCUUUCUUUGUGGAAAAUGAAAAAUUACGAAACUUGGAUAAUAUCAAAGAAGAAGACGAAGUUAAACAUUCAAAUAAAGGUGCACCCCUUGUUCUUGAUCCAGCCCCACCGCCGCGAAAAUCUUUCAGUAACCAAGGUGCUAACUCAGUCGCUCCUCCUAACCAAGGACGUAACUCAGUCCCUCCUCCCCCACCCCCCUCAUUGCCGAAGGUUCUACGAAUAGCACCGACAGAUACUAACUCGUCACCCUCAACUCGGUCACCUCCACCAAUAUCUCAGGAGGAAGCACCUAGAAAUGGUCUUGACACACCGCAAUAUCCCCCUCGUGGAAUAACUCCGCCCCCACCACCGCCACCUCCCUUACAAAGACCAGAUAGUCCGUCAUUUAACGAAGACUUCCCUUUACCCCCUCCCCCAAUGUUACCAAGUCCUGAUGAAGGGACCUCCUCCAGUGAUCACAAGAAAGGCAAACCCGAGAUUCACUUCCCCCCUCCUCCUCCACUUCCUGCCAAUAACUGUGGGUCAGGGCCACCACCGCCUCCACCACCACCGCCUCUCCCUGAUAGUGCUACAAGUUUUUAAAUUUCGUCGUAGAUAAUGGAAAAUAAACAUGGUUCAAAUGUUCACUAAGCCAUAGACAAAUUUGACUAACGUUUGUUUUUACCCAAUUGACAACUUUAGAUAACUCGCUUCCAUGGCCAUGCCUAGUUAUGAUUGUUAGAAUAGGACAAAGAUACCCAAGUUUUAGAAUUAUCUACGUGAGUGAAUAACACUUAUACAUAAUUCUGAUGCUUAGUUGCGUUUGUUCUAUCCUAUGGCUAUACUUCUAUAGAACAAUCGGAACUAGGCAUGCGAGUUAUCGGUAGUAUAUAUAACGAUGUAAACAACGGUAUCCAAAUUUGUCUAUUAUGCAUGCUAUGGUUCUGUCCACGAUUUGCUCUUAAAAAAUAAGGCGAGUGAACGUAUUGUUUUCCGGUGUAAUGCAUUACUUAAGCCAUGUUUACAUUGUAUUGGAUCGGUUUUUGCUUUGUUCGCGAAACGUUACGGCCCAAGUGUAUAAACAGUUUUCUAAUUUUAUAUAUUUACCAGAAACAAAAAUAUUGCAGAUGUCAAUUGAAAGAUUGAGCAAGCUAUACCUGUAAAUAAGGUUAGAUAGAAUAGCAAGUUUUGGUUUGCCGGGCGCCAUCUUGAAUCACGAAUUCAACCAAAAAUUUCUACGAUUGGUGUUUACCUUACAACGAGAGCGUUGCAAAAACCAAUCCGACACAACACGCACCACUUGGAAGAGCGGAACGCGGCACCGGUGCUUCGCAGGGUUUGUACAAAACUUGAAAGUCCUUGAAUGUCCUUGAAUUUGAAAACAAAAAUUCAAGGCCUUGAAUGUCCUUGAAUUUGUAGAGAAGUACUUGAAAGUCCUUCAAUUUUUCUUGCUUUAGUUUUGGUAUUUUCUGAAAUUGUUUGACAUUCAAAACGGACAUUUUGUUGAAUUGAUUUUGCAUGUUCAUAUCUGACGAAGCUAUUUGAAACUCGUUAAAGGUGCGUUUUGAACAAUUCAACGUCAGAUUUUACUGAUUUUCUAACCCCUUUUCUUCAGUAUUUACUAUUUAGUCCUUGAAUUUGCUGAUAGCCUUGAAUGUCCUUGAAUUUGACUCUUCCUCACAUGUACGAACCCUGGCUUCGAUGAAGAAACUGAUAUGAUUACAUCAUUCAUAUGCCACAAGCCCUAUCCGGUAUGGUUUUUGCGUUGCUGCGCAUCCGAUACAAUGUAAACAUAGCCUAAGUGAUCAUCCACGGUACUAAAAUUUGCAUGAUGAUCACCUUUCAAGUGACACGGGACAUAUGAAACCGGACGAAUUGGCCGUACGAGUUAACGAUGACCGCACGCAUUUGUGUAUGUACGGUUCCGCGUUCCUCCGGUCUCGUGUGAAAGUACUUCUUCACUAACUCGUUCAAAAUCCAAAACAAAAGAUUUGUGCAACCCAAGGUCUUUUUUUUCAACAUUGUUUGGAGUUCGAUUAUCAAACUUUAGUAUAAUUACAUGGGUGAUUAUUGAAAAUUCUCCACGCUGAUCGGUUGCCGUUGAGGUGAAUAUUCAUAACGCGAUAAUCACCAAAGCGAUUUUCGAAAUGGCGGCCGAAGCCGUUUUGUCAAUUAAAUGUGCAUUUUGUUUUCCAAAUAAUCACGUAUGAAAUUAUACUAAAACAAUUAUUCACCUCUGGCUCUGCGAUUAUCGUGAAUAAAAACCUCGACUUAGUCUCGGUUUUUAUUCACCGAUAAUCGCCUUCGGCGUUUCGGCGAAUAAUUGUUAAAUAUUUAAAUUCACCAGUCUUCCUAACCAUGUUUAUUUUUUUAUUAGUAUUCAUAUUUAAAGAAGGAACAUAUUUUAUAAACGCCGUCUUGAAAUAAAUAAUCUUCAUAUUACAUAUAAUUAAUUUAUAUUAACGUCGAUAGUAAAAUGAAAUAUAUAUAUAUUAUAGUUGGUAG